AGACUGCGACUUGAAAUAAUCUUCCAGUACGCCAUUUAUAGGAGAGAAUUUGAAGCCCGUUUGGUCCUCCUUAGGAAUCCAUUAUUGGAACUAGGUUUUUUAAAACACAAGUAAAAUUCACGCAACGAGGCGAAAAAGAGGAAAAAAAAAAGAGGAAAACAAACACGCCCCUAGAGCAGAGCUGUUUUUUGAGAGCUGAGAAGGCAGAAUCAUGGCCGUUGUAGAGAAUGCGGGUGUGGAUUUGGGGAUGACUGUGGGCUCAUCAUCCAGUCUAGAUUCGAGUAUGUCAUCGUCAGCCAGCGAUCAGGACCAGCUCAACCCCAAUCAGAACCACCAUUCACUGUUGCCCAUCGACAACGGUGUCUCGAUUCAGCCCCUCUACAUGAAGGUCCACGUUCAACCGUCGCCCAACGGCAAGCCUCAGCAUCCGCCGCCGCCGAAUCUGCAGGUGGCCCAUCAUUAUCCUUCUCAUCAUCAGCGAUCCAACGGCGGCGGAGGUGAUUUACAGAUGGAUGGGGAUGUGGAAAAGAGCUACGAGAGGGAUAUAAGAGAGCUGCAGGAGUUGUUCUCUAAGCUGAAUCCCAUGGCUGAGGAGUUUGUGCCUCCUUCUCUUGCUAAUAGCAAUGGCAAUUAUCAUGGACUUAAUGGGCUCCAUAUGGGGUCGUAUACUAAUGACAACAACGACUGCUUGGUGAGCGGCACUAGAAAUGAACAAGUGAAUGGAAAUGCUGGUCGAAGGAAGAAAAACUAUAAUCAAGUGAAACGGAGAAUGAACAGCAGGACAAGUAUGGCCCAGAGGGAGGAGAUAAUUCGCAGGACUGUAUAUGUGUCUGACAUUGAUCAACAGGUCACUGAAGAGCAGCUUGCCGCCCUAUUUGUUGGCUGUGGGCAGGUGGUGGACUGCCGAAUCUGUGGUGAUCCAAAUUCUGUACUUCGUUUUGCCUUUAUUGAAUUCACUGAUGAAGAAGGUGCAAGGACUGCUUUGAAUCUCGCUGGAACAAUGCUUGGAUACUAUCCUAUGAGGGUGCUGCCCUCAAAAACAGCUAUUGCACCAGUUAAUUCAACCUUUUUGCCUAGGAAUGAUGAUGAACGUGAAAUGUGCACCAGAACAAUUUACUGUACAAACAUUGAUAAGAAGGUUACUCAAGCGGAUGUUAAACUCUUUUUCGAAUCUGUUUGUGGAGAGGUUUAUCGCCUGAGGCUGCUAGGGGACUAUCAUCAUUCUACUCGUAUUGCUUUUGUGGAGUUUGUGAUGGCUGAAAGUGCAAUAGCUGCUCUCAACUGUAGCGGUGUUGUUCUUGGAUCAUUGCCAAUAAGGGUAAGCCCAUCGAAAACACCAGUUAGGCCACGUCCUCCUCGUCUUCCCAUGCAUUAAGGGCAUCCUGGUGGCGUGGGUUCAUGCUGCUUUUGGUACCAGAUUAUGUAUAUUUAGAUACACAUACCCAUGUUCAGAUGUUUCUGAUCUGUGCUGCCUUAUAUAUAUCUUCAUCCUCUGCUCCUUUGAAAGGGAUCUUUGUUGCGAUACUAGUCCUGUUUUGUUUAUUCUAGCAAUAUAUGAGGCUGAAUGGAACACUGAUGCUCUGGAAGAUUUAUAUGUAUUAGCUUGUUAAGGUGGAUCGGACUCUCGAAAAUGAAGCUUUUUAAGAGUUUCUGAUACUUGACCCAAAAGAUCCUUUCCAUGAUCAAAUAAUCAGUAAUUUCAUAGGAUUGGAUCAUGAUGGAGCUUGGAUUUUUACCUUGUUGAGAUGGGUUAUUAAUCAGUUUAUGGUUGCUUC